AAGACGCCUGCGCCCCGCCCUUUGACUCACCUCGCUCAGGCUCCGGUGUAUUUAUUGUGUUACUGGUUUGUUUAUGACGCCGUGCGCUGGCCCCGGUAGCUUGACAGCUCACCGAGUGCCUGGCGUCGUGAAAAACGUGCUUUUCGGCGUCUGCCUUUCAUGGAAGAAUACUUUGCCGCGAACGCGACGGAUUCAAAAUAUGGUUGUUGGGUAGUUGGCAGUAGGGGCUGUUCGGUCGGUGCGAUUCAUCCGUUAGCCUAGCAGUUGGCUAGCUCACUUUCUUAACCGUUAUGGCGUGACGUCCCCCACUGGACGUGAUUGUUUGACGAGUCGGGCCUUUUUUUAAAUCAUAACACUGCUACUGAGCAGUGCGCAGAGAGAGACAGUCGCAUGUGUGCGCCACUCGAGUCACUCGCAGGCGUUUAGACAGCUGCCUGUCGACUAACUCAGACUAGCUAGCAAGCUCGAACGUUAGCAUGGCGUCAGAUACAAGUGACACCGAGGAAUUCUAUGAUGCUCCCGAGGACGUCAACUUUACCCCAUCGCCUAAAGUGUCUCCUGCAAAGUUUGUCAUUCCUUCGCCUAAGCUUUCACAGAGAUUGGUCAAUGUGAGCUGUGGAGUGGCCACAUCUGAGACUCAGCAAGAUGAUCCCCUACAGAUCAUUGAUAGCAUCAUUGAGGAGAGUCAAAAGGGAAGUGUUGGGGAUGUUGGUGAAGUGGCUCAGCUGUUGGAUCAGCUUCAUGUUGAUGUAGAAGCAGAGCCGGAGCCAAAGGAAGAGAUUACUGCUCAGGAAGUUCCUGUGGAGGUAGCAGCGCCAGCAAUCGAACCUCAGCUUGUCGAGAGGGAAGAAGAACAACAGGAAAGUGCAGUGACAAACGGAGCUUGCUCUAUACCUGCCCCUCAACCUGCAGAUCUCCCAGGCCCAUCAGCUGGGUCACAAGAACGUGUUCAGCCCCCAGACAUCACCAGCACGAUAGGACAGAGUCAGUCGUACGCAGCUGUUGUGGUCGCAGAAGGGGAGCAGGAGCAGAGACCUGCCGACAUCUUGAACCAGGUCCCAUUCACAGACAGGCCCGCUGACUCUGACUCUUCCGGGCCUUCGAAACCCCCACGUCAAUUCACAGUAGAGCCAGACAUUGUAGCCAGCACCAAGAAGCCUCCUCCCUCACGCCCGCCCCCUCCAAGCGGAGGUCCUCCGCCUAGACCGCCUCCCCCGUCGUGGCAGGGUCUACCUUCCAAGAAGUCUCAGGAGUGUCUGAGGCCAAGUGGACUGGAAGUGUCUGCGGUCGGUCCAGUCUGCGGCGACGCUCUGGAGCCCUCCGGCCUGGUGUCUCCGAGCAGCACUGUGAGGAGCUUAACCAAAGAGCUGCAGCAUUCCUUGGAUCUGGCCAGUGCCACCAGUGGGGACAAGGUGGUGACGGCACAGGAGAAUGAGGAUGAACCGGCGUCAUCUCAGAGCGGAGGACAAACUCCAGGCCCUCAGCGUCCACGUUCGAACUCUGGUCGAGAACUGACGGAUGAAGAAAUCCUGGCUAGUGUGAUGAUCAAGAAUCUGGACACUGGUGAAGAGAUCCCUCUAAUCCAGGCAGAAGAGAAACUUCCUGCUGGGAUUAACCCUCUCACUCUGCACAUCAUGAGGAGGACCAAGGAGUACAUUACGAAUGACGCAGCACAGUCAGAUGACGAUGAAAAGUCCCAGGCUCCACUGGCAGACACAGACGGAGGGAAACUGAAACAGAAAACAACCCAGUUAAAAAAAUUCCUGGGCAAGUCUGUGAAGAAAGCCAAGCACUUUGCUGAGGAAUAUGGAGAGAAGGCAGUCAACAAAGUCAAAAGUGUGCGUGAUGAAGUCUUUCAUACAGAUCAGGACGAUCCGUCGUCGAGUGACGACGAGGGCAUGCCUUACACCAGGCCUGCCAAGUUCAAGGCAGCGCACAGCUUCAAGGGUCCUUUUGACUUUGAUCAGAUCAAGGUUGUGCAGGACCUGAGUGGAGAGCACAUGGGCGCCGUUUGGACAAUGAAGUUCUCUCACUGCGGGAGGCUGUUGGCGUCCGCAGGCCAAGAUAACGUGGUCCGCAUCUGGGUCUUGAAGACCGCCUUUGACUACUUCAAUAACAUGAGAUUAAAGUACAACACUGAAGGUCGAGUUUCACCUUCCCCGUCUCAGGAAAGUUUAUGCUCCUCUAAGUCUGACACUGAUCCUGGGGCAAGUUGUGCUCCAGAGGACCCCGACACAGAAGACAGGAAUGCCCCUUUCCGUCCAGUCCCCUUCUGCAAGUACAAGGGUCACACAGCUGACCUGUUGGACUUGUCCUGGUCUAAGAAUUUCUUCCUGCUCUCCUCCUCCAUGGAUAAAACCGUCAGGUUGUGGCACAUAUCCAGGAGAGAGUGUCUCUGCUGCUUUCAGCACAUCGAUUUUGUCACAGCCAUCGCUUUUCAUCCUAGAGAUGACAGGUACUUCUUAAGUGGCUCUCUGGAUGGAAAGCUACGACUAUGGAACAUUCCUGACAAGAAGGUGGCACUUUGGAACGAGGUCGAUGGCCAAACGCGCCUCAUUACUGCUGCCAACUUCUGCCAAAAUGGGAAGUAUGCAGUAAUUGGCACCUACGACGGCCGGUGCAUCUUCUAUGACACUGAGCGUCUGAAAUACCACACCCAAAUUCACGUGAGGUCCACCAGAGGCAGGAACAAGGUUGGACGCAAAAUCACUGGCAUUGAACCUCUACCUGGAGAGAACAAGAUUUUGGUGACCUCGAAUGACUCCCGCAUUCGUCUGUAUGACCUGAGGGACUUGUCUCUGUCCAUGAAAUACAAGGGUUACGUCAACAGCAGCAGCCAGAUCAAGGCGAGCUUCAGCCAUGACUACUCCUUCAUAGUCAGUGGCUCGGAGGACAAGUACGUGUACAUCUGGAGCACUUACCACGACCUGAGCAAGUUCACGUCCGUAAGACGAGACCGCAAUGACUUCUGGGAAGGGAUUAAAGCACACAAUGCAGUGGUCACCUCGGCCAUAUUUGCACCCCACCCAGGCCUUAUUGUCCCACAAGAAACUGGGGCAGAGAAACCAGAAGCAGAGUGUAAGAGCCUGGACUCCACAGACUCAGAAACAAUACCCUCAGGAGCCCUGAAGACGGAUCACACGGAGGUUCUUCUCUCUGCGGACUUCACUGGAGCCAUCAAGGUUUUCAUCAAUGUAAAAAAAUACUGAGCAACUCAAAGAGGUUGACACUUCCUCACGUUCAGGCCUGUCUGGUGAACACUGGUCCUAAAAGAUGUGGGACAGCCCGUCAGGACUCGUCGAUCCUCACCGAACUACCUAAUGGUUAUUGCUCUGAGACAAAUGGCCGUCUGGAGCUUUCUUUUCACAAUGAGCAGGGACCCUAAAAUGGAAGAUGUGAGAAUGGGUGGAAGAAAUUGACUCUACAAAACAGAACAUUGUGUGAGUCCCUGCCACAUUUCUGUUUUUAUUUUUAAUACCAAGCAACUGUGAAUUGUUCGGCAUUAAAAAAAAAGAAGAAAAAAAGCCUAAAAUGCCAAAUGUUUGUGUGGUUUGACCAAAAACUAAAUCUGUUCAGAUGUGUAACGUUACAGCGGUUUGGUCAAGACGAGUGUAGCUCAAAGGCUAUUUGUAACAUUAUGGGCACCUUACUAGUUUUGUUUUACUCCCACAUUUCAAAAAACUUUAUUAAACUCCUCAGAAGUUCAA